UAAAGUGCUGCAUCAAGAAAAGUAGGAAUUCAGAAAAAGAAGAGACACCUGAGAAUUGCAAUGAAGAAAGCAGAGCUGGUGUUUGUCUCGGUAGCAGGCCGCGGUCACCUUGUAUCAACUGUAGAAUUCGCAAAACGCUUAAUCCAAAGGGAUGAUCGCUUUUCGGUCACCAUCCUCUCCAUCAACUCCCCAUUCGGCCCCGACGCGCAUGGAUACAACAAAUCACACCUUGCUUUUGAACCCGGUCUCAGUUUGAUCGAUCUCCCUCCACAGGAUCCCCCUCCACCUUACCUUAAAAAAUCCAUUGCACAAUUCCUGUCAGUUUACAUCGAGAGUUACAUUCCUCAUGUGAAAGACGCCAUCAUCAACCUCAAAUCAACUCGGCCUCUCGCUGGGGUAGUCCUUGAUUUUAUAUGCAUCUCAAUGAUUGAUGUGGCCAACGAACUGGGUCUUCCCUCAUAUCUGUUUCUAACCUCUGGUGCUGCUCUUGUUAGCCUCAUGCUCUACCUUCCCACCCGCCAUACACAAAUCAGCGCUGCCUUUGAGGACGCGGAUCCUGAGUUGGUGAUUCCAGGUUUCAUAAACCCAGUUCCGGUUAGCGUUUUGCCUGAAGCACUGAGGGACAAGCAUGGUGGUUAUGCCGCUUUUAUAAAGGUUGCUCAGAGGUUUAGAGAGGCUAAGGGCAUUAUAAUCAAUACAUUUACUGAGUUGGAGCCUUUCUUAGUGGGUUCCUUCUCCGACGGCCAAGCUCCUCCAGUGUACACGGUCGGACCAGUGCUUGACCUCGAGGGUCAGGCCCAUUCUAGUGCAGACCGGGCUGACCAUGAUAAGGUCAUGUCCUGGCUUGACACUCAGCCGGAAUCCUCUGUGGUGUUCCUAUGCUUUGGGAGUCUGGGCACCUUCGAUGUACCCCAGGUGAGAGAGAUCGCGCUUGGACUUGAGCGCAGCGGCCACAGGUUCCUGUGGUCUUUACGUCGGCCACCGCCAGAUGGGAAGUUCGGUAGCCCAAGUGAAGGCACGAAUCUGGAUGAGAUGUUGCCAGAAGGGUUCAUGGAGCGGAUCGGAGGAAAAGGAAUGAUCUGCGGUUGGGCACCACAAGUGAAAGUUCUGGCCCACGAAGCCAUUGCUGGGUUUGUAUCCCACUGCGGGUGGAACUCAAUCUUAGAAAGUGUGUGGAACAGUGUGCCAAUAGUCACAUGGCCACUUUACGCAGAACAAAAGUUGAAUGCAUUUGAGAUGGUGAAAGAAUUAGGAUUGGCAGUGGAGAUGAGAUUAGACUCCAGGUACGACGGAGAUGUUGUGAUGGCGGAGGAGAUAGAUGGAGCCGUAAGACGUGUGAUGGAGGCUGAUAGCACAGUUAGAAAGAUGGUGAAAGAGAUGGGAGAGAUGAGUAGGAGGGCUCUGAUGGAGGGUGGAUCUUCAUACAAUUCGUUUGAACGGUUGAUCCAUGCGAUGAUAAAUACCCGGUAAAUAGUACUGUUCCAAAUAUUUUUAAAAAUUAAUUUUAUCUAGGUGUUUUAUUUUCAA